ACUUGCACAACUUGGCGCGCAAACAGUGAACCGUACUCCGAAUUCUCCGAAAAUACAGUGACAGUCUUUUGUUUAUUGCUUUGAAUACUUCAAAGGCAACUGCUUCAAUCAGUCGUAGCAACAAUGUCGUGGAACAAUUUUGACAAUUCGACGGCAGGCGAAGGUGGCUUCAUGAACACGACGGUGAACGAUUCCACCGCCGGCGAGGACAAAGCCAACCUGAAACGCGGUCAGAACUGCGUACCUGUGAUGAUAGCACACCUAGUGCGCUACGGCGAGAAGCUCACCGUCUGGGGCACUCCUGUCAGGCUCGUCACCUUCGUCGGCCUCGUCCGCAAAGUCGAGCCCACCAGCACCAAGGUCUCCUUUGAAUUCUCCGACGACACCGGGAACAUAUCGGGACUGAAGUGGUUGGAGGGCGAUUCAGCCAACUACGAGUCUCCAGUGAAAGUUAAUUCAUACGCCAGGGUGCAUGGGAUGAUCAGGGACCAGGGUGAAGAUCACUACGUCCUUAUUGUCAAUAUCCAGCCUAUGGACCAUCUCAUGGAACUGUUGUCACAUCAUAUGGAGGUGACACUUAUGAGUCUUCAGGGAGAUAGUAUGGUUAACAAAGUAGCCAACAAUGACCACUCUAUGGGCAAUCAGUCAGUGCAAAAUGGAUCGGUUAACAAUAGUAACGCAAACUCUGGUCUCAAUCGACAACAACAGAUGGUACUGGAUAUCAUUGAGAAUAGUGAUCCAGAGUUUGGGGCUGAGAGGGAUCAGAUUAAGAGUGCAGUGGCUCCAAAUGUUCCUCCUCAAAUGGUGGAUGAGAUUCUGGAAUUUCUGUCUGCUGAAGGCCAUAUUUAUACAACAAAGACAGAUGAUUAUUUCAAGGCUAUUUAAAUUUUGUUGCAAAAUCUUACUAGGUUAAUUGCACUCUUUCUAAUUUCUUCAAGUCGUUCUUUCUAAAAAGUGUGCAUAUUAUAUAUAAGUAAGAAAAAUUCACGAAUAUUUAUAUAAACAGUUAGUUACACCAAUGUAAAUAGACACACAGAUUAACAUUCAUGCGUUUGCUUUGUGAUCAGCUCAAGCAAUUUCAUUACUGAAUAUUUUUUUAUGUUAAAAUUAUGUAAGGAUGUUAUGGUUAAAUAAACAUAAUUUUCUA